UGGAUUUAUGUCUGUUUUAUAUGGAAUAUCUUUGGGUUGGAUAGUCGACUAUUUGGGUGUUCGUUAUACUUUGUUAUUAGGUGCAAUUAUGGGAACUUUUUCUAGAUGGUUAUUGGCACUUUCUUCCUCCAGUCGUGUCACCGUAUUUCUAUUGUAUACUUUUCUUCCUUUUAGUGAAAGUCUUGGUAUUCCUGUUAUGACAAUUGGAAUUAAGAGAUAUACCAACUCCAAUAAUCGAACUAUAGCAUAUUCUAUGUUUUAUACCGUUAUGAAUAUAGCAGCUUUGGUAUCGGGUCCUGUUGUGGAUGUUUGUAGACGUUGGUUUGGAAAUGGUUUGGUUAUUUGGGGUCACUCUUUUGAUUCUUUACAAUUGGUUAUUUUAUGUGGUUCUAUUUCCACUUUUUUGAUUAUUUUGAUAGUUGUAUUGGGUAUGAGAGAUGUGCAAUAUACCGAAUCCGGAGAUAUUCGUUCUUAUCCUAUCCAUUCGACUCCACUUGGAAUACAAUUGAAAGAGGUCAUUGGAGAUUCUACUUUUUGGAGAUUGGCCUUGUUGAUGUUUCUUUUGGUUGGAGUUCGUUUAGUCUUUCGUCAUGUGGAUGCCACUUUACCGAAAUAUAUGAUACGUGAAUUCGGUGAAGAUGCUCCAUUUGGUGCUUUUUAUGCUAUCAAUCCGUUGCUAGUGAUUAUUCUCGUUCCUUUGGUAGGCAUAUGGAGCAAAGGAGUGGAUUCCUUUCCUAUGAUAUUGUAUGGUUCCUUUUUAAGUGGAGGUUCAGUAUUCAUUCUUUGUGUGGGACCUUAUUAUAUAUGUAUUGCUACUUUUUUGAUUGUGUUGAGUAUGGGAGAAGCCAUUUAUUCCCCACGUGUGUAUGAAUAUACGAUGCAAGUAUCUGGUGAAGGUAGAGAAGGAUUGUAUACUUCAUUAGCAAGUAUCCCAUUAUUUGGUGUAAGAAAGUAGCUCGACAUUGUUCUACGAUGUGGGCGGUGAUUGGAUUGUUUUCUUUUUCUUCGCCUUGUUUUUUGUAUUUAUUUCGAAACGUGAUACAUCCGCCAUCACUAGUUAUUACCAACACUCAUGUGGAA